CCCCCCCGGAAAUCCAGUAUCUUGGGGCGACGGCGUAGAAAGUGCUUCCCGGAGCGCAGAAGAGGUCAUCAAUCAUGUGACGGUGGCUUGAGGAGGAACCUGUCUUUAAAGCUGUCCCUGAAGUGACAGCGGAGAGAACCAGGCAACCCAGAAACCCCAGGUAACUGGCGCUACUUUGCCUGGUUUGAGGCCUAGUCCCGGAGGUGGCGCGGCUGGCGUGGAGAUUGAUCCUGCGAGAGAAAGGGGUUCAUCAUGGCGGAUGACCUAAAGCGAUUCUUGUAUAAAAAGUUACCAAGUGUUGAAGGGCUCCAUGCCAUUGUUGUGUCAGAUAGAGAUGGAGUACCUGUUAUUAAAGUGGCCAAUGACAAUGCUCCGGAGCAUGCGUUGCGACCUGGUUUCUUAUCCACUUUUGCCCUGGCAACGGACCAAGGGAGCAAACUUGGACUUUCAAAAAAUAAAAGUAUCAUCUGUUACUAUAACACCUACCAGGUGGUUCAAUUUAAUCGUUUACCUUUGGUGGUGAGUUUCAUAGCCAGCAGCAGUGCCAAUACAGGACUAAUUGUCAGCCUAGAAAAGGAACUUGCUCCAUUAUUUGAAGAAUUGAGACAAGUUGUGGAAGUUUCUUAAUCUGACAGUGGUUUCAGUGUGUACCUUAUCUUCAUUAUAAUAACACACUAUCAAUCCAGCAAUCUUUAGACUACAAUAAUACUUUUAUCCAUGUGCUCAAGAAAGGGCCACUUUUUCCAACUUAUACUAAAGAGCUAGCAUAUAGAUGUUAAUUUAUAGAUAGAUCAGUUGCUAUAUUUUCUGGUGUAGGGUCUUUCUUAUUUAGUGAGAUCUAGGGUUACCACAGAAAUGGUUCACUCUAUCACAGCUCCCAUGGAGUUAGUCUGGUCGCCAGAUAUGGAUGAGAGAUUCUGUUCAGUGGAUCAGAAUCAAACUGGUACAUUGAUCCACUUGAGCUGUUAAGUGCUCCCAAUUGUACAAUGUGCCCAGGCUUGCAGAAUGAAGCCAACUUUUUAUUGUGAAUAAUAAUAAGGACAUAUUUUUCUUCAGAUUAUGUUUUAUUUCUUUGCAUUGAGUGAGGAACAUAAAAUGGCUUGAUAAAAGUAAUAAAAUCAGUACAAUCACUAACUUUACUUUGUACAUAUUAUUUUGCAGUAUAGAUGAAUAUUACUAAUCAGUUUGAUUAUUCUCAGAGGGUGCUGCUCUUUAAUGAAAAUGAAAAUUAUAGCUAAUGGUUUCUCCUCAGACUCUGCUUUCUGUAACCAAUCAGUGUUUUAAUAUUUGUGUGUUCUUUAUAAAAUUUAAAUACAAUUCGUUAUUCUGUUUCCAAUGUUAGUAUGUAUGUAAACAUGAUAGUAUAGCCAUUUUUUUCAUACGUGAGUAAAAAUAAAAUAGUAUUUUUAAAAAUAUA